GGCUAAUUUGACGAGGCACGAGGAUGCCCAUGGGCAUAUAAGGACAGCCCUUCCACAUCCACGAGCGAGCCAUGCCACCUUCAUCAACUGUCAAUUCAACAAGCACAGAAAGUUCCUUGUGACACUGUACAAUUCGCCAAAGGCACCAAGCCUGAUCCCACGACGCUCAAACAUAAGAACAUCACCCUCACCAUACCACGCAUACCUUUCUACUACCACUCCCUCCUUCUCCUCGUAUAGCCAUGGCUGCGAUGGUUAGCCGCCUGUAUUCGGCCAUGUACCCCCCAACAGUACCCAAGGAUGAUCAUCCGAUCAGGUUCGGUAUUCUAGGAGCCGCCAAUAUUGCACCACUGGGGCUCAUCGGGCCGUCGAAAUCGCAUCCAGAGGUUGUCAUCCAGGCUGUUGCUGCUCGUGACCGUCAGAAGGCCGAAGCAUUCGCCAAAGCCAACGGCAUUCCCGAGGUCAAGGGCUCAUACCAGGAGUUGCUUGACGACCCCAACAUCGAUGCCAUCUAUAUCCCUCUUCCCAACUCAUUCCACUUUGAGUGGGCUGUUCGCUCCAUACGUGCAGGCAAACAUGUUCUCCUCGAAAAACCGGCUGUUUCCAACUCCAUUGAGGCCGAGGCUCUCUUCAGAUUGCCCGAACUGUCCCAGCCCAACGCUCCGGUCCUGCUCGAAGCUCUCCAUGCCCGUUUCUACCCCUCAUGGCGGCUUUUCCAGUCCUUGGUCAGCCCUGCCGACAUUGAGCAUGUCCAGACCAAGACGAUGAUCCCGUGGUGGGGCACAACCAAGGGCGAUAUCCACUUUAACUACAACCUGUCGGGUGGAACCAUGAUGGCCAUGGGCACAUAUAACUUUGCCAUGAUCCGUGGCUUGUUCGCUGCUGAGCCAGUCGAGUGUCUGGAGUGCGAAACCCACGUCUAUGCCGAGGAAGCCCACAAGAACUGCGACAUCGACUUCAAGGCCAAGUUCCGCUUCCCCAACGGUGGUAUUGCCGAAGCAGAGAGCACUUUGCAUGGUCCUACCAUCUGGCGUCCUUCACAUGCCACAGUCACUCAAAGAGAAGUCCCAGUCAAGGACACAUCUCUCCCUGAGGACCAAACCAAGACGGUGAAGCGUGAACUGACCUUACAAGGGCUACUCUUUGGAAUUGUGUGGCACCGUAUUGAUAUCAAGGACACAUACACUAUUCGCCACAAAGACAAGGUACUCAAGACCUGGACCGAAACUGAGUCGCGCAAGGCCUACUCCUUCGAAGACGCUGGCGGUGAGUUUGCAGAUUUUCCCGGCGAGGUGUACUGGAUGUCAUUUCGGCAUAUGCUCGAGCAAUUCGUCAACAAGGUCAAAGGCCGUCCGACUCAAACGUGGAUCAGCACCGAGGAUUCCAUCAGCCAAAUGAAGAUGCUCGAUAUGGCUUACGAGAAGAGCGGCCUCGGUACACGACCUACCAGUGCAUAUGUCAACGAGAUUGCCAAGCCAUAAAGCUGGUCGAGAUGAUACUCAGUCGCCUCCAGCACUGUACAGCACUUGAGAUUGGACCGCAACUUAUGUUGCGGAUUUGUUGGAGGACCGCAGAUUCUAUCUACUUUGAGUAUGAGAUUCCCUGUGUCGGGUGGAAUUAUUUUCCAGAGGAACUUGUUUUUGAUUGCAUGAGUGGUUAGUAAGUCGGAGGAACAAUAAUUUGAGGGCCUAGAUACCCAACGCGUUUGACGAUAAUGAAAAUGAAGACUCCCAGCAAAUGAUAACUCCC